AUGCAUGCAUUGCCACAUGCUGUUGGAGUCUGCCCCUGCCUAUAUCUAAAAAAUCGCCGCCAACCAACACCAAUGCGCGAGACAAACCCCAGCGGGUUUGAUAUGUAUUUGAGUGAUCGGAGUCCACUACCUCUGAAUUAUAAUCCCUUGCUUAUUAUGAAGCAGGAAACAAGGAAAGAGUAUCAAAAUCAAUUACUGCGUGCUACUAAUUUAACAAUAAGUUCGAUGAGAUUUUGGCGGUCGCUUCAAGCAGAUCUUUUAGAACCUGAAAUUUAUCAUUUGAAUGCUAAGAAAACUGAUACAGAAAAUUUUCGAAAACUAUUAAGAGUAAUUCCACAAGGAGCAGCAACAUAUGGAGCGUAUACUUUUAAAGCAUUUCCACUAGAUAUGAGUCAAUACAAUCGAUUAUUCGGAGUAUCUAGAAUACCUGGAAAAGGGAAAGAUACGUUGGUACAACAUAAAAAAUCAAGUCAUAUAUUGGUAUUACGGAGUGGCAACUUAUAUUCAUUAGAUGUUUUGGAUGAAAACGGAAAUAUAGAGCAGCCCAACAUAAUUUACGGGCGUCUGGAAGCUAUUUUACGAAUGGACAAGCUUAGUGGCGACUCUAGGACACCUGUUGGGGCACUUACAUCUAUUAACCGAGACGAUUGGGCUGAAAUUCGACAAUAUUUAGCCAAUAACGUAUGCGAAGAAAACAAGCGACUACUUGAAAGAGAAGUAGAUGCUGCUCUCUUUUGUUUGUGCUUAGACGCAUCAGAUGAUCCCAUGUAUAGCGAAGAAAAUUUUGUUUCACUUCUGAAGCAUUUGUUGGCAGGAGAAGGCAAGAAUCGCUGGUUCGAUAAGUCUAUCUCGUUAAUAGUGAGUGCAGAUGGAACAGCUGCAAUUAAUUUUGAACACUCUUGGGGGGAUGGUGUUGCCGUACUGAGGUAUUUUAAUGAAAUAUAUGAGGACUCUAUCAGAAAUCCUUUCGCAAAUCCUGGCAUAGUCUCUGUUAGUUCAGAUACUACGAAACAUGUUAGACCUAUCGAGAUAAAAACCGAUCAGUUAAUAGCAGCUGCUAUUGAAAAAGCGCUGACAAACAAUAAAAAUUUAAUGGAUAAAUUAAAUAUUGAUAUGAUAAAGUGUACUAAAAUUAACAAAGAACUGUGUAAAAGUCAUAGUAUAAGUCCUGACGCAGUAAUGCAACUUUCAUUUCAACUCGCAUAUAAACGUGCAUUUAAUAAUUACGUUAGCACCUAUGAAUCUUGUAGCACGGCAGCAUUCCGACAUGGGCGUACAGAAUCUGUUCGCCCAUGUACUAUGUCAACAAAACAGGUUUGUGAAAGUUUAUUGAAAACGGAGGGCAGGCAACCGGAUUUCAAUGAAAUAUAUUCGUCAGUAAAAUUAUGCUCUCAAGUGCAUAACAAGUUAACGAGAGAGGCUGCCAUGGGUCAAGGCUUCGAUAGGCAUUUAUUUGCUCUAAGACAUCAAGCUAUUGUUCAUGGAAAACAAUUGCCAGGAAUAUAUACAAGUGAAGCUUAUGCAAAGAUGAAUCACAACGUUAUUAGCACUUCAACAUUGUCUUCAAAUGCUUUAUUAGCUGGUUCUUUUGGUCCUGUAGUGCAUGAUGGACUCGGAAUUGCGUAUUCCAUACAAAAUGACCAUUGCGGUGCCAUUGUUUCUUCUUAUGAGAAUCAAUGCAAUGGAAAAGAAUUUGUUGAUAGCCUGGGGAUGUCCUUUGAUGAUUUAUUCCAAAUUCUUAAAAGGGGACAAAAAAAAAUUAGAUAAUAAUUAUAACUUUUUUUAUUAAAAUGUAUAUUUUGUACGCAGUCAAUAAAAGAAAGUUCUUAAAAACAA